AUGUGUGCAGGGGAGAAGAAGGCAGGGGAGAAGAAGGCAGGGGAGAAGAAGGCAGGGGAGAAGAAGGCAGGGGAGAAGAAGGCAGGGGAGAAGAAGGCAGGGGAGAAGAAGGCAGGGGAGAAGAAGGCAGGGGAGAAGAAGGCAGGGGAGAAGAAGGCAGGGGAGAAGAAGGCAGGGGAGAAGAAGGCAGGGGAGAAGAAGGCAGGGGAGAAGAAGGCAGGGGAGAAGAAGGCAGGGGAGAAGAAGGCAGGGGAGAAGAAGGCAGGGGAGAAGAAGGCAGGGGAGAAGAAGGCAGGGGAGAAGAAGGCAGGGGAGAAGAAGGCAGGGGAGAAGAAGGCAGGGGAGAAGAAGGCAGGGGAGAAGAAGGCAGGGGAGAAGAAGGCAAGGGAGAAGAAGGCAAGGGAGAAGAAGGCAAGGGAGAAGAAGGCAAGGGAGAAGAAGGCAAGGGAGAAGAAGGCAAGGGAGAAGAAGGCAAGGGAGAAGAAGGCAAGGGAGAAGAAGGCAAGGGAGAAGAAGGCAAGGGAGAAGAAGGCAAGGGAGAAGAAGGCAAGGGAGAAGAAGGCAAGGGAGAAGAAGGCAAGGGAGAAGAAGGCAAGGGAGAAGAAGGCAAGGGAGAAGAAGGCAAGGGAGAAGAAGGCAAGGGAGAAGAAGGCAAGGGAGAAGAAGGCAAGGGAGAAGAAGGCAAGGGAGAAGAAGGCAAGGGAGAAGAAGGCAAGGGAGAAGAAGGCAAGGGAGAAGAAGGCAAGGGAGAAGAAGGCAAGGGAGAAGAAGGCAAGGGAGAAGAAGGCAAGGGAGAAGAAGGCAAGGGAGAAGAAGGCAAGGGAGAAGAAGGCAAGGGAGAAGAAGGCAAGGGAGAAGAAGGCAAGGGAGAAGAAGGCAAGGGAGAAGAAGGCAAGGGAGAAGAAGGCAAGGGAGAAGAAGGCAAGGGAGAAGAAGGCAAGGGAGAAGAAGGCUGCGACACCGGCGGCGGCGGUACCAAGGUCACGGGGGCAUCGUCAACGCUGGCGGAUGGCGCAGCCGGUCGGGCCGGCGGAGGAGCCGGUGGAGCCUGCAGCCGCUGUCGAGAUGACUGCUGUUGCUGCUAGAUGGGGUCUGGCACCCCUGCACGCCAACCACAGGCGGAAGAGAUCACAUCCGGGCGGCCGGAAGAAGGCGGCAGAGCGACCACUUUGUCGGCAACGCGGACAUCAUAGAGCUGACGGCCUUGCGGCUGGACGAUCACCCCCUCAAUCCAUCCGGCUCUCGGGCCGAAACCUCGCGCCUAGAUAA